UGGACUUUCAUCUAUGGACAAGAAAAUAAUUAAUUGGAUUGCAUCAACUCAACAAUCAUUCCUCGUUAUUAAUCAUAUAACUACACACCAUAUUUUUAAUUUUUCAAAUACGCUUUCUAAGCUUCAUGACGAAUCUUAUUAUCGGAAGCAUGCUCUCCCGUCUGCCUACUUACUGGUCAAAAAUAAAAUAAAAAAAGAGUUAGAAGAUUGCCCCAAGCUUUCCUUUACCACCGACAUUUGGUCUAAUGGAAUUGAAUCCUUUAUUAGGUUAUUUUACUUUCAGUUUUUUACUUAA